AUGGAUAAUGAAAUCAACGUUGCCAGAUCAUCGGAUGUCGAUAUCAAUUUUUUUAAAAAUCCAUUAUUCUGCUCAAAGCUACAGAGUUAUUUAUUUGAUAAUUACGCUGUUACCGCUCAAAUAUCAUCACAAGGUGACAUCGAUAACGACAUGGAGUUUCCUGUUGAAUUCGUAGGUGAUACGAUAGAUAUCGAACAUGCUCGUGAUUUUAUAAAAGAAUUAUUUCGAACGGUGAAAACUAAAGUUUACAAUGAUGAAACAAACGAUGACAAAAUAAUUUCCUGGUCGAAAAAUAUUCAUUCAGAUGCAGCUAUUAUUGCAAUUCAGAAAAUUUUUGAUAAUCGAAAUUUAUUUACUGUAUGGGAAAAGACACACAUCAUAUCUGGUUAUUAUACUGUUCAUUAUUUCAGUUCUAAUCCUAUUUUCGAAAUACAGGAAUCAUCCAUUGAUUUUGUAUUAAAUAAUACAAUUAGUUAUUGUGAAUAUUUACUAGCCGAUUGUGUUGAUGAAAUAAAAAAAAUUGAAUUUGAACAUCGAGAUGAUAAUGUCAAAAUUCAAAUACGUGAAAAUGUCAUUUACGCUCCAAAAUAUUUAACGCAAAAAAUCCAACAGCUAAUUAAAUCUUUAAUUGUUGCGACAACAAGUAUUACUUUUCGAUGUAUUGGAAAUUCGUGUUUAUUUAAUACCAAGAAACAAUUAGAAUUAGAACACGUCGCUCGAAAAACUAACUGUCAAAUCGAUCGGAUUGGUAUACAAACGGAAAAUGAACUUCUUAAAUUACCUAAAGCAAGAACAACACUUACGAUUCAAUCAACAUCAAAAUAUAUUAUAGAAGAAUCCAAUCGAUUUCUUAGUACAUUAACAAUGGUUAAAAAACUGCCAAUAUCAAAUGGUGCAAUUGAGAUUUGUCAAGGACAAAUUUCAUUAGUACCAGCGGCAGAUGUUACUAUUAUCGCUGUUUCUGCAAUGAACAACGAAAAUUUCUAUCUUGACAUUGACUUAGACAAAAAUAUUCUCUUUAUUCCAUGGAUAGAACCUUCAACAACGAUUGAAAGUGAUCUGAUGAAUGUCCAUCUUGAACAAUCAAUAAAAACGUUUGUUUCUCUAUCAUUGGCUAAAAUCUUAACAGUUUACUCAAAUGACGCAAGAAGAAUUACGAUUUCGACAUCAAAAUGGGAAAAUUAUUCAAAUAAAAAACAAUUAGCUGAAGUAUUUAUUCAUGAACUAAAACAACAAAUGGAAUUAGAGCACUAUUGCCAUUGUCAAUGGACAAUUUUAUUUGUAUUUAAUGAUCAACAAUUCGAUCUUUAUGAUCUCUUUUCACAAGUUAUACUAUCCAUGCAAAAUGAAAGUCCUCAAUACGAUCAAUUCUAUUAUCCCAUAUCAACGAUUACGAUUCAUUUGGAAACAUCACGAAAGGAAAAUGUUAUCAAAUAUCGAAAUAUUAUCGAUGAUUAUUUUCGAAAGCAUAUCAUCUCAACCAUUGAAAUAAAUAACGUUUUUGAUCCACAAAUCUGGAAUCAACAUAUGAUCAAUGUUUACUAUAAAUAUUCUCUCGAUCAAUGUGUUAUUCCAAUAAUUUCUUCAGAUAGCGAACGACAAAAAUUGGAAUUGACUGGAUCAAUAGUUAAUAUCAAUAAAUUGGAGGAAAAGUACGCAUUAAUGUCAAAAAUUAUGAAAGAGAAAACUUCAACAAAUCAACAAUCUAUAAUAACAAAACAAUUCAGCUGGGAUAUUUCAUUUGAUCGAUAUGAUAUUCUAAUAAUGUGCUGUUUUGAAGAUGAAAGUUUUUCAAAUUGUCUUGCUACUCAUCUAAUAGAUGAUGGCUAUUUAGUUUGUGUAAAUCUUAUCAGUCAACAAUCACCAACUGACAUUUCACAAUUCGAUAAAACAGAUUUGAUUCUUAUUUAUUUCAGUCAACAUUCUUCGAAAAAUGAAGAUUUUAUUGCACAGAUCAAAUUAGCAAAAAUUUCUGAGAAGAUCAUCAUAUCGAUUGUACCACAAAAAAUUCGAUUAGAUCAAGAGAAGAAUUGGCUUGAAUAUAUGACUAUCAUAGAUUUAUAUUACGAAUUAUUUCAACAUGAAGUUCAAUUUGAAUUAGACGAAAAGUUCGACUUAGAGUACGAUAAAUUACUCGUUCAAUUGCUCCAAUAUACGAAAUCUGAUCAAAUUAAUCAAACAAAUUCAAUUGCAAACAACGAUUCAAUCGAAGAACAACAAACAUUCAAUGAACAAAAUCUACAAUCAUCAAUAAUUGAUGAACAAAGAGAUAAAACAAACGAAAUCUAUGAAAAACGCAUUGAAACGAUUAGAAAUCGAGAAAAGAUUCCAAUUGAUGAAUUAACUCAUUUGAUAGAGAGUUUAACAUUGGUAAUAGACUAUUGUACAAAUUAUAAUUCACAGCUUGUGGAAACGAUCGAUAGGGGAAAAGAAGAAGAAGAGCAAUACUACUAUCAAACAAAAGUUCAUCAACAUAACGAAAGUGCCAAUUUAUUAGUAGAUGAAGUAGAAACUCAACAUAAUUUAAACGAUUUUGCUCUAUGUGCAAGACGUUGGAUAGACAAGGCAUCAGAAGGAAUUGCAACAAAAGGUAGCAUACCACCAUUUUCCAUCACAGGAGAUAUAAAUGAUGCUCUGUAUUCAAUAUUUGUUGCCGAUAAAAUUCCAUGGUGGACAUUAGGUCCAAAUUAUCCAGAUUUUGAUCAUUCACCACCGAACAUUUAUUUUCAUAACUUACCAGUUAUUUCCGAUUCAUGGUUUACUUAUCAAGAAGUAGAUGAUUUCUUUCACACGCUAAUUAAUCGAGAUAUUCAAUUUCAUAUUGAAACACGAAAACAACGUCGAAUAUUCGAAAAAUUUGGACGAAAAACAAAACUUCUACACGAUUCAACAUUUACAACCGAACUGAAAGAAGGUGAAAGUGCAUGGAAUUUUACUCAAGAUAAAUUAGUUUUGAAUGAAUAUAAAAGAAUGCAAACUAGAAAUAAAACAACAAAGUUAUCGAAGAAUCUUACUGCCUGGCAACGUCUAGUUCUAAAGACAGUGGAAUUAUCAUCUGAUAUUGACAAAGGUAGAAUUGAUUUAAAUUCAGAUCUUAUUCAAGGAAGAAUCGGUGAUGAAUUAAAAACACAAGAAGAAUUACAAAAACUCAAUGAACUGGAUGACCCAAAAUAUAGCCGUUGGACAAUCAAAAAACCACGUCGGUGUACACACGAAUUUCUUCAAACGAAAAUACAAAAUACAAUUGAAGUUCGAAAAUUAUGCAACAUGUCAGUGAAUAUUUUUCGUUCUAAAAUAAUUUAA